AUGUCAUCAAACGAGAGUGAGGACAAGGAACAGGCAAAGGCGAACUUUAAGUUGAUAACUACUACAACUGGAGUAAGAGUAUCUCAAGCUUGCGAUAGAUGCAGAGUUAAGAAAAUCAAAUGUAACGGAUUAACACCUUGCCAUAACUGUGCCAGGAUAGGAUUCGAAUGCAAAACCAGUGAUAAGCUCACAAGACGAGCUUUUCCAAAGGGAUAUACUGAGAACUUAGAAAGAAAGCUCAAAGAGCUCGAAGAGGAGAACAGGUUCUUGAAAGUUAAAUGUGGUGAAGAAGAGUCACACGAGUCUAAUAAUGGUAACAGUCAUACAGUAACACAUACACUCAAGCCCUCAAAUAAUUCCAACUCCGAGGGAUCCAAAGUAUUACUAACUCAAUCGAAUAAUCAAACUGUUCAAAUCAAUAAUCCGAUUGACCAGAUUUUCAAUUUAAAUGAGAAAGGAAUGAUAAUUGGUAAUGACAACCUUAACUUUGAAUCACAAUUUAAUCAUUUAUUGAUUAAUUUGAAUUUGCCGUUUUUAAAGAUUACGAAUUCCCAUAAUUAUUUAUUAAAUGACCCAAAUUCUUAUCUUUAUAAUCCUUCAUAUGCGACCUAUAAUCAAUUGAGCAAUAAGGAUUUGGACGUUAUCUACAACCCACUUACCGGGAAUAACAACCACGGUAAUGAUGCAAUGUUGGUAAAUAGCCAAUUACCGUUUGACAUAUAUGAUUUGUUCAUCAAAUUAAUUAAUAAUUUCAAAAAGUUGUUCAAUAAUAAAAAAGAGUUGGAUAUUCAGGUAACGCAAUUUUUCUUGACAUACAACAUAAUUAUACCCAUAUUUGAUUACAAAGAAUUCAUGGUUUCAUACGACGCAUUUCAUACGAUGUAUCCUUUCAUGUUUACUUAUGAUGAUGCUACAAUAAAUGGCUACAACCUCCUGAAUAAUGAUUAUCAUGUCGUCAACGAAUUUCUUAUGACUGUAAUUCAGCUUUAUGCCAUGAUAAUGAUAAAUGAUCCUACAAUCAACCUUAAUUUGCUUUUAAACCAUUCAAGUCCCGGUUAUUCGAUUAGUAGGAAUGCCAAACUUAAGGAUAAUUCCGAAUCUAUUGUGAGAUCUUUAUACGAUUUCUUACCUUUCUUCAACAGCUUCCAUGUUUCCGUGAGUCAGUUGCAAACAUAUCAACUUUGCCUUCUUUAUUCACUUUUGACAAACAAUAAGGAAAAAUCAUUAGUCUUAUCUUCACUUAUAAAUUCUCUUAUUGGUAUCUUAGGAAUUAACUUAAAUUCCAAAAACUUGUUCUUCAACGACCUUUCGUUGAACAUUCAGCAGAAACGUAAUAGAGUCAAGAUUUUUUGGGUCUUCAAGGUACUUUUGAAGUGCUUUAACUUGAAAUUUGGGUUCAAACCAAGUUUAAAUACAACCGUUAUUAAUCCGGUGACAAUUGAUAGGUAUUUUCAGUUGACACCAGAAAAGUUAUCAUCAUUAAUAGAUCCCUCCGCUGGUGAGCAUGACGAAUUAUUUGAAACUUUAUUAAAACCUAGUGUUGAAUUUUUGAACUUGAUGAAUAUAAUUAUCCCUUCCUCAUUUUCACCAAAUUAUUAUCAGUAUUUAAAGCAGGGCAGUCAUAGUCAUCACUCACAUAGUCGAAAAGGACAUCUGAAGGACUUAGAUUGGAUUCUCAAUGAUGAUGAUGGUGAUGGUAAUGAUGGUAAUUUAAAUUAUAAUUUUACUCAAUUUUUGACCAUUGAUAAGAACUUAUCUAAUUGGAGAGAAUCCCUAAGAGAAAAGACAAUCAAUUUGAAUCCCUUGCAAACUAAAAUGAACUUGCCAUCAUAUUCUCCUCCUAUGAUAAGCAACUUAUAUCAUGAAUUACCAGACUUGAGGUCACUUUCAGAAAUGUCUCAGGAUAGCAUUUUUCGCCACUAUGAUUCUGAGGUUCCCGAUGUUCAUACUGCAGCACAAUUGAUCAAAAUCCAAUUAAAUUUUCAAUAUCUUUUGAUCAGAUCUAUGAACUACCUUAACUUCAUCAUUGAUAAGGAAUUGACGCAAAGCUAUUACCUUAAGAUAGCGAAGAUCUCUCAAGAAAUAUUGAAUUACUUCAUAUUAAUAUUUGAUCACAUUAGCCAAGCUCCAGAAGUUCAAGAGUCCAAGAAUCCACAAAAUGUGGUCAUGGAAAGCUUAGGAAUUGAUGUCGAUGAAGAUGGAUUUGUGAUCAAUGAUUUUUCUGCAAGAAGGGGAAGAAAUAAUAAUACUGGUAAUUUUAAUGCAAGAAAGAAACUUAAGAGAAUUCCACCUUCUCCCUUUAAUUUUAUGCUAAACGGUUUGUCUAUGACUAUUAUAAAUUUGAAAAAAUCAAUCAUAUUACAAAUGCUUUAUUUGUUGAUUUGUCAAUUAAAGUUUUUUAAAAAAAAUGAAUUGAAUUCACUAAAAGAUUCCUUUGUCAUUUUAAGCAAAAGUGUAUCCGUAUUCAUAAAGGUUUUCAUAAAUUACGAUAUCGAUACUUCUAAGGGAAACCCGAGGAAAUACAGAGAAGACGAACUUUUUAAGAAGCUUAUAAAUGACGAAUUGAAAGAAGAAAUCUUGAAAGAACAAGAUAGUGAUGUGGAGGAAGAGGAUGAGAUGCCGACAUUUAGCGGCAUUGACUGGGAUGAUGAGGAUAUGGAUGAAGAUUUAAAAUAUUUAAAAAUUUUGAAAUUCAUCAAAUAUAAGAGUCAUGUCAUUCACAACUAUUUUAAUAAAAUUAACUUAAUCACAUCUUCUCGUGCAACCCCUAAUAGCUUUAAUGUGGAAGAUAACAAGCAUUCUUCGCUACCUGUUCCUUCUUCCAGUUUAUACGGUUCGGCGAGUUUGACCCCUAAUUUCAACUUGACUAGUGGGCUGCCCUCUUUGACGAAGUUGGAUGACCCAAUGGGUAACGAAAACUACUCUAGUAGCUUGUUAACUAAUGUUUAUCCCAAGGUGUCGGCAGAAGAUGACUUAGUCAAGAAAGAGAAGCUAGCUAUCAAUGAUUUAAUGAAUUUAAAACAUGGAGGAAGAACUCAAAAUAGUGGAAUCUUUAGCAAUGGUGAUUGGAACGGAAGAAACGAACAUCCGAGUUCUUAA